AUGACCUUGGUUGCACCCAUCAGCCUCUCAGCCUCGAAACACCUUCACCCAAGGCAACGCGUUUCGCAUAUGUUCGGAAGCGUUGACCGGUCAUGCGGACCUCCCGCUAAUUCAGCACAGUAUCUUCGCACUCGCAUUACAAUCGCAUCGAUUACCGACAUCGAGGCCCAAACGCCUUCCCAAAUAGAAGGGAACACACUAGAGGCUGAAAUGCCUUUCCAAAUUGAAGGGAACACACAAGUGACCUCUUUCUCGGGAGAACUCGGAUCUAUGCUUUCCAACGUGUAUAGGCUGCACUCUCGCCUUACCCCAUGUGCGGCACUCACAAUUAUGCCUCCCCGCGCUCCCAAACAAAAAGACCGAGGUUUGGCAGGUGGCGGAUCUCAUUCCACAAAACCCCCUGCUUCAAAGGCCAACAAAAGGUCAAAGAAAAACAAAAAGCCGGAGCCAAAUCUCUCCAAAAAGGCCACCAACAGCGACGCUGACACGCGUCAAGUCCUCGAAUGUGUCUCGAUAUCGACCAACAAAUCCCGUGAUGAUGUGCAAGCGAUGAACCUCGGACAGGCAGAAGCACGGCUGAGGGCAGCAGCUGGCAAAAGAAGUGUCCAGGAUUCCGUCCCUGCUUUGCCUGACAACACGGAUGACGUUGUCACUAUGAUAUCUGCCACAGAGCCUGAUGCUCCAGUUCCACCAUCCAACUCCCUCUCCUCAGCCACUGCGGAAGGCAUGAAUGACGAAGACGAAGACGACCCUGGUCGCCCACAUCUGCCACCAUGCAUCGAAUUGAUAUCCCUCGGCCACUUUGACAACAUCAAGAUUGCUGCCUUGAAUAGUGUUUAA